AGGUCACAUGAUCUCUGCUGCACCAAGGAGAAAGAUGUCGCUGACAGACUGGCGAAGGAUGGAGGCUGUAUUAUCCGCGUUGUUUGCCCUCUGCUUUCUUACCUCUACCGGUGUACAUGGAGACAGUUUAACGAUUCUGCAGUCUCCAGAGUUCGUUUCCUUCCAGAAAGGAGACUGGCCUGUCUCUGGAGAGAAGAUCCCCGAUCUGGUGGCUUUAACCAUGGGCUUCUCUGUUCAAGAGGAUCUGUUGUGGCCAGGCCUGCAGGCGGGCCCGUUGUUCCAGCGACCCCGCGCUAACGUUCUGGUGGUGGUGAGAGGAGUCGAUAGCCUGGCCCUGCCCCAGAGUGUGGCCUCCUAUCCCUUGGAGAAUCCGGUACCCUUCACCUUGGACAGUGUCGCAGAGACGGUACACUCUCUGUUUGCUGAGGACACCCCUGUAGUGCUGCAGCUGGCCCCCAGUGAGGAGAGGUUGUACAUGCUUGGGAAGGCCAAUGCUGUGUUUGAGGACCUACCUGUCACCCUGCAGCAGAUCCGUGCCCGUCUGUCCCAGGACGGCUCGGUGCUGGCCUCCCUGCCCCUCAACUCCCUCAGCCGAAAUGCAGAGGCCGAUUUGCUCUUCCUGUCUGAGGUCCAGGUGCUGCAUGAUAUCACAGCUCUGCUGCAGAGACACAGACAUUUGGCGAAGGACCACUCACCUGACCUGUACUCUUUGGAGCUGUCUGGUCUGGAGGAGCUCAGCAGACUCUAUGGCCAGGACUCCCCCCAGUACCGCGAUGCCACUGCCAUUCUGGCCUCUGUCCUGCAGAAAUUUGGAGAGGAUGUGUAUGGUCUCUAUGGCAACAGCGCUGUGGUGGAGGUUGUCACAGUCAAGACCUUUGAGGCUCCUUUGACCAGGAAGUCCCGAUCGAUCCUGGAAUCUAAACAGAUUAGUAACCCUGGCAGCCCUUACAACCUGGCCUACAAGUACAACUUCCAGUAUGCCGUGAUCUUCAACAUCGUUCUGUGGCUAAUGAUCGCUCUGGCCCUCGCCGUCAUCGCCACGGCCUACAACCUGUGGAACAUGGACCCAGGGUAUGACAGCAUCAUCUACAGGAUGACCAACCAGAAGAUCAGGAUGGACUGAGUCCUGACCGUCAGCACUCCCGCUGUCCCUUUAGAUCUUUCUAGUAAAUGUUUGUGUUUUGUGUGAGCUCUCGUUUAGUGAAAAAAACAACUUUGUGAGCUUGAUGGGAGGAAGUGCGUAAUGCUAAGUCACCUCUUUGUUGACAACGCUGGCAGGAUGGACAAAAAAAAUUUCAACAUUACAGUAGUGGUUGUUAAAUUUUCUUUCAUAAAGCGGUUUCAUAUUCUCCUCCACUCUUAUAUACACUGAACCCAUUCUGACUUCCUCCCUUCAACCUCAGCCACCCUUCAUUUGUUUCCCUGGUGAUUGCAACUGUAUUUUUAUUGUAAAAAAAAAAGAAAUAUUGUAAAAUGAAAGAAUGAGUCGGGUUCCUGUGUGAAUUUGUUGUGCUUGUCUUGCUGUGUGAAAUGUUUUAAGUUAAAUGAAAUCUAUGUGUAUAUAUUGAAUAUAACAAAUGCAACUGUAUGAGAAACUGCUGUGCUCCUAUUGUGAAAAAGAUUUGGGAAGUGUUUAGUCCAGGUAGGUUUCAGUCUGCUUCCAUUCCAAAUGCUAAAUACAUAUUGGAUUACAUGAAUAGUUGAUCAUUAUGUUGUAAGGAUUGGACAAGGAUAAAUGAAGCUCUGUAAAUCGCAUUAUGCCUGACAAUAAAUUAUUACAUGGAUCA